UCUUAUCUGUUAUCAUUCAUAUCACUUAGCUUCAGCUGGAUUUUCGCUUUCCGAGAGCCUUUGUUCAUUCAUUAACUAUUUUAAACCAUUGAACUAAGACAUAACAAUAAAUUUUUGUAGACUGCUGUAGAAAAUUUCAUAAGCACAAAGUAAAUGAAUUAAUUUAGAAGUGUCUGCGAUCAAGUGUUAGUCAUUACUAUAGUGUGGUAUUAAAUGGCAGCCGUCGGAGAACCUUUGACACUAGCUAAAGAUGUCAAAAGAGCGGCUGAACUACUUGAAAGGCUUCAAAAAAGUGGCGAAGUGCCUGUCACUAAACUAGCUGCCUUACAAAAGGUGCUCCAGAGUGAUUUUUUAGCCUCGGUGCGGGAAGUUUAUGAACAUGUUUAUGAAACUGUGGACGUUCAAGGUUCACCUGACAUUCGUGCCUCCGCAACAGCCAAAGCAACAGUGGCAGCAUUUGCAGCCAGCGAAGGACAUGCUCAUCCGAGAGUCGUUGAAUUACCAAAAACAGAGGAAGGUCUAGGUUUCAAUGUCAUGGGAGGGAAAGAGCAAAAUUCACCUAUUUACAUCUCAAGAAUUAUUCCAGGUGGGGUGGCUGAUCGACAUGGUGGCCUGAAACGCGGUGAUCAAUUACUUUCAGUCAAUGGAGUGUCUGUUGAAGGGGAAAACCAUGAAAAAGCAGUGGAACUAUUGAAAGCAGCUCAAGGUUCUGUAAAAUUAGUCGUUCGCUAUACACCUAAGGUCCUUGAAGAAAUGGAAAUGCGAUUUGACAAACAGAGGGCGGCCAAGAAGCGACAGCAGUUCCAUUAGAAGCCCGAGUAUGUGAAAUAGUGUGCAAUUAUUUAGCACCAAGUUGAUUUAACAGUAUUAUGUGUUCAGCUCAUUCUUUUGCACUUUGCAAACAAGUCAAAGAAGGAAAGGCUGCUCCUCAAUUUUUAUCCCUUGUUUUUACUCCAUGUCUGUGUCUCUUUGACAAGUGAAAUGUAUUAUUUUAAAUAACUCCAGGCCAAUUCUCAUGCCAUCUCAACUAUUGGCAUCAGCAAUGAAUUAGUCACAAUUAUUUUAUUCUUUUUCAAGUUUUUUUUGUUCAUUUUAGCAUUUGUUCAAUGCGUGGCUAGAAUAAAAACUACACAAUUAAGUUUUUUACUUAAAAUUUUUAAGUUUGUUUUAUAUGGAAAAUGCAUGUUCACAGAUCUUUCCUCACACUUGCAUUUUUCUAUCACAGCCUGAGACUGGCUGCUUACAUAAUUUUAUCAUGAAACUUGACCUCUGAAACGUAGAUCAAGACAUUAGUUUGAUGUUCACUUCUCUUGAAUGUUUAUGUUCUAUAUGUGUACCAUACCUGUUUAAAAUUCAAAGAAAUUUGCCAGGAUCAAAUACCAUUAGUUUCUUUGCUACCUUUAAAGAAACAGUUACAUCCAGUUUCUAAGAAAGAUAUCAAUUUUUAAGUUAUAGUAGUAACGUUAAAACUCUUCAGCAGCGAUUGACUAUUUUGAAAUGAAAUCUCAGUAUACAUUUGACUUAACUAUAACAAUGUUGGCUCAUUAAUAUUCUUACUGAACAUUUAUUUUUUUCACUAACAAGCAAAGUGAAUUUACUCAUUUUUUUACUGUGACAGUCCUGGUAGGUCCUUGUAUUUUGAAACUAUACUAAUGUAAAAGAAUCUUUUUAUGCUGGUGGGUGCAGUGAGAGUUUAUUGAGCACACGCAAAUUAUUAAGAGUAAUAAUAGUGAAUCGGAAAUAAUUUUGAACAAUAACUGCAAAUUUUUGAAAAAGAGGCUUUUACUGACAAAACUUUGACCACAUCCAAUGUACCUUCAAAUCAUCUGCAUUUUAUUCCUUUCUUCACUAUGGUAAUCACAUGUCAAAACUAAAAUUAGCAAUAACUAUCGUUCAGAAAAUUUACUGUUAUGUAUUUAACUUUAAUUGUAAGCUUGAGUUGUUCUUCCUGUUGUACAAUAUCAACCAUGAUCUUGUAUUAUAUUCAUCAACUGUACAUGAAAAUUAAGCCUAGUUAAAAAAUAAAAGACUAAGUUAAUGCUAUCUGAUUA